AUGUCAUCUAUAAGAAGAAAGAAAACAGUGCUAGGAUAUGCCGGUGUUUAUUAUCUUUACAUGAACAUGUUGAAAGCCCGAACUCCGAGAUCAGUAUGGAUAAAAAAUUGGAUGUCGGAUAAAACCAAAUUCGGGCACUUACCAUUACUCCAAGAACUAAGAACUAAUAAUCCAGAAGACUUCAUAAACUAUUUGAGUAUUGAUGGUACUACAUUUGAUCACUUACUGAGUUUAAUUGGGCCACUUAUACAAAAAGAAGAUACUGUUAUGAGGGAAUGCAUACCACCAGAACAACGAUUAUUAGCAACUCUAACGUAUACGCGUAUACUUAUUUUACAAAAUUGA